ACAAAUCAACCCGCACCAACGUCUUGGCCCAUGCGUCGGUACCUUGCCGGCUCGUCGCUUCGCCAAGCGCUUGGCCGCCGCCGCCAAUACGUUGAUCUACCCCAUUCAUCUGUAUUGCCUCUCUUCCACUCCCACCCACAUGCAGCCGCAGCGUCGUCGUUCCAUGCGUCUGCUGUCACGGCCAUGGCUACGAACCCCAAAGCGUUUGUGUCCAAGUACUACGAACUGGAGGAUCACCGUGCAAUCGACGAAUUCCUUCGUCGCAAAAGCCUCGUUCUCAAGGAAACGUCCACGCAUUACAUCGUGCGUGACUGCCCCUUCUGCCAUCCGACCAAGGGACGCGCUGACAACCUGUUCAAAUUGUACAUCAACAAAGCCAACGGCGUGUAUAUCUGCCAUCGAUGUGGCGCCAGUGGCAGUUGGUUCACGUUCAAGCAAAAUCUGAGUUGCAACGAUGUCGUGGAAGCAUCCACGGGAUACGCCGAUUCGCACCCUUCUGGCCGCUCUAUUGACGCUCCUACAGUCAUUUCAGCACUCGACAACUCGAAGGCCAUCGCGCUGACACGAAACCUGCAUAAUGACGAAGAUUGCCGCCAUGUGCUCGACUACCUCACGUCCAAGCGAGGAUUUCACCCUGACGUCCUUUCCAAAUACUGCGUUGGUGCGAUCCAGCAGCCAUUUUAUGGCGUGGAUGGGGCGUCCGAAACGAAGUGGUGUGUGACGUUUCCGUGGAUGGCGCGACAGGCCGACGUUGCUGCGAUGGGAGCCGAAUUGCUUGUGGACGAUGCAGCGGCCACGCCCUCAUCCGGGGACGCCAACCUCUUCAACGUUGUGCGACUCAAAGUCAGGGCCAUCGACGACAAGUCCAAGCAGCGCCUCGUGCCCAAGGGCGGCUGCUGGGGGCUCUUUGGCUGGAACACCAUCUCGAACGAUGCCGACUCGAUAGUGCUGACCGAAGGCGAAUUCGACGCGAUGGCCGUGUACCAAGCGACAGGUCGGCCAGCAAUUUCGUUGCCGAACGGGUGCCGGUCCCUCCCGCCGGCGAUUCUCCCGCUCUUGGAUCGGUUUUCGUCCAUCUACUUGUGGAUGGACAGCGACUUGCACGGACAGGAAAGCGUCGAGAAAUUUGUCACCAAACUCGGUGCCGCUCGGACGUAUGUCGUGCGGUCCCCUGGCGUAAAGGACGCCAACGACGCACUGCUGGCCAAACUCGACCUGAACGCCAUCUUGGACAACGCAAAGCUGAAACCGCAUGCGCAAAUCGCCACCUUUGAAGACCUUCGAGCCGACGUUCUGAACGAAAUGAUGAACCCUUUGCGAGCGCAUGGAGUUCAGUCGCGGUCGAUUCCCGCGUUGAAUACGUACUUGAAGGGGUUUCGAAGCGGUGAACUCACGGUGCUCACUGGUCCGACGGGAUGCGGAAAGACGACACUGCUCAGCCAACUCUCGCUCGACUGGUGUGCCCAAGGAGUGAGUACUCUGUGGGGGUCGUUCGAGAUCAAGAACACGCGGCUCGUUCACAAGAUGCUAACACAGAUGGCGGGACGGUCGCUUGCGCUUAACUUGGACCUGUUUGAGCGCACGGCGGACGAAUUCGAAGCGCUCCCCAUGUACUUUUUGCGCUUCUUUGGAAGCUCCGACGUCGACGAAGUCCUCGAUGCGAUGGAGUAUGCUGUGUACGCCCACGACGUGCAGCACGUGAUUCUGGACAAUGUCCAGUUUAUGAUGUCGGGGCAGGGCCGUGGCUUCGACAAGUUCGAGCGCCAGGACGCCGCGCUGGACAAGGUUUGCCGCUGACUUUGGAAGAUGUAUCGGUUGAUCGCGUGGUAGUUUCGCAAAUUUGCCACGGCCAAGAACGUCCACGUGACGCUGGUGAUUCACCCGCGCAAGGAGCAGGACGAUGUCGACCUCACGCUGUCGUCUGUGUUUGGGACGGCCAAGGCGACGCAGGAAGCCGACAACGUCCUGAUAUUGCAGCGCAACCGGGGCGAGGUCAAGCUCGAUGUGCGCAAGAAUCGAUUCGACGGGUCCCUCGGGUCCAUUGCGCUUCGGUUUGACAAGGAAGCCGUGUGCAUGCGCGAAAUGUACCCCGUUGCCAUGGACGACACGUUGGCCGCGCGAGAUUUGGAGUUGCAAAUGGAGCGCGAAGCAAAACUACGUCGGGACGUGUCUGCUGCGACGACACAACCUAAGACCACACACGACCGCGAUCUUGACCAGAACGCUGGCCCCUGCGACGACAUCUUCACGCUGAAUAGCCUCCACGCCUCGUCCGAUUCCGUGAAUGGAUCUUCCACUGCAGGCGUCGCGAGAAUGAACGGCCAUGCCCCGCUGAACGGCCACGACCUCCACGUCCAUGGACGCAAGGUGGUCAACGGUCACCAACAGGAACACGCCCCGGAACCAUUUUCUCUGUUCACGCCCAUUGUAACAAGAUAAAGAGCAACAUGUCAUGCAGAUGGGUAGCAGUCUCGAAGCAUGAACGGCUGAGAUGGAAAGCAGACCGAUCGAUGGCAACUGGAUCGAUCGAUUGUGUGCUACGACACCUCCUUUA